UCUUCCCAGAAUUCUAGGUUGUGUCUUUAAACAGGCCAGUAGUUCAUUGAAUUGGUGGAAGCUGGCUUCACUUCCCCAGGAAACUCAUGGGGGGGGAGCGGCGAGGUUUCCCAGAGUCUUGCUUUAGUGCCAGGCCUGGAGCAGACAUACAGAGAGCGAGGAAGAGGAGCAGCGGUCCAGCUCGUGAUAGGAGCCACAUGGCUGAGCACUAGCCUUGUCCCAAACCAGGACAGGAGCUUGUGGUCUGUGUGCUCUGGUGGAAAUUAGAGUUUAGAGUUAUGGAGUGCUUGAACAUUGUCCUGUCCUGCGUGGGACUGCUCUUCCUCUGCCUUCCGGCCUCCACUCAGAAACUCUCAUCAACAGGGAGGAAUGUUUGCCUCAGCCCAAGGGACUCGGCUCUUGUGUGUUGUUUAGGAUGGGCCCAACAGGGUGAUGAGUGCACAAUACCACUCUGUGAAGGACAGAAUGCCUGCAUGCACAAUGAGGUGUGUGUGUAUCCCGGAGUGUGCAGAUGUAAACCAGGCUUCUAUGGAUUCCAGUGCAAAACUCCCUGUCCUCCUGAUUUCUGGGGCUCAGACUGUCGUGAGCAGUGCCUGUGCCACCCUCAUGGCCGCUGUGACCCUGCUACGGGUGUGUGCAAGUGCUUUCCUACCCACUGGGGCAAUCUGUGCCAGAAUAGCUGUAAAUGUGGACGUCACGGCCGCUGCGACUCCGUCUACGGUAACUGCACUUGUGAUGAGGGCUGGUGGAGUUCCACCUGCACCAAGGUGUGCCAGUGCCACCCCAGCACCUCCAGCUGUGACCCUGCCACAGGCCUCUGCCUCUGCAAAGAGGGCUACUGGGGUCAGAAGUGCAGCCGUCGCUGCAACUGCUAUAAUUCACCAUGCCAGCAGCACUCAGGUGAGUGUCAGUGCACAAGUGGCUGGUGGGGACCCAACUGUGAUCGGCAGUGCAUCUGCGACCUGAGCCACAGCAAGUGUGACCCCCGCACGGGAGAGUGUGUGUGCCAGCCGGGUUACAAGACCCCCUUCUGCCACGAGCUGUGCAGUGCGGGAUACUACGGCAGCGGCUGUUCCAAGAGGUGUGGAUAUUGUGAAGGAGGCAAACCUUGCUCUAAACUGGACGGCUCAUGCAGCUCCUGUGCUCCGGGAUGGAACGGCACACGGUGUGAUCAGCGCUGCCCAUCUGGUUACCAUGGCAUCCGGUGCCAGGAGGUGUGUCCUCACUGUAGGAAGGGGGAACCAUGUGAUGCUGUAACAGGAAUGUGUGCAUACUGCGACCCUGGCUGGACUGGACCCAGGUGUGACCAGUUGUGCGACAAUGGUACUUUUGGGGACAGCUGCCGUUUCCUGUGCAGUCCUUGCUAUCACGGUCGCUGUGAUCAUGUGACAGGAAGUUGUCUUUGCCAACCUGGCUUUCAGGGUGAGAGCUGUAACAGUUCAUGUCCAGAUAAGAUGUAUGGAAUAAACUGCUCAUCAGCCUGUGACUGUGGAGGCGACGCAUGCCAUCCUGCCACUGGAGAAUGUCCCUACAGCAGUCGGGCGGGGCUUCUAGCAGGACUUCUGAUUCCUCUGCUGGUUCUCAUACUUGCCUUGUUGUUUUGCUGCUGCUGUUGUGGAAGUCCAGCUGAUGGGAAGGACAGAGUGGCAGUAGGGGACGGGAGCACGACGGGUCGAAUGAAGCAUCACGUCUACACAGUGCUAGCCAACAUGAGUUCAGCCAUGCCAUGUCUCGCUCUCUGGUCCUCUGGGCUUCCCAGGGUUACAGUUUCUCACCAUGAUCCAGAGCUCACCUUUAACCACAGCUUCAUCGAGCCCCCCUCAGGCUGGGUCUCAGACUCUUUUGAGACUGAUGAAGACGGAGAGGCCAUGUACUGCGUCCCUCCCAGAGAAGACAUCCCAGCUGUGGCAGGAGGUGAGCUCCAGUUCCAGGAAAUGGGCUCAAAGUGUAACUUUUUAUCUGAGCCACCAACAUUCAGCAGUGAGGACAUGUCUCUGGCUUUCGGCAUUCCAAGGACCUCUAGCAUUGCCAAGUCCAAGCGGCCCUCUGUUUCCUUUGCAGAAGGCACCAAGUUCAGCCCGAAAGAGCGGCGUGGCUCGACUCAGGAGCUUGCCCGCAAGCCCAAAACUCCAUGGGGAGUCCUAAUGCUCUCCAGCCUGCAGGGAUCGCAGGGGAGCCAUGGGCAGACAGAAGGAGAAAAAGAGGAGACAAGUGAUGAGGCGAAAGCCUCCUCAGAGGAACAAGCAGCUAACUCCUUACCUGAGGCAGACUCGGAGAGGUACGGCUCCACCCCAUCUAGGACUCAUUUAACUGUACCAGGCAGCAGGCGGCACACUUCGUCCAACCCCAAGAAGAGCCUACAGCCACAGCCCUCGUCUGACGGGGAUGAGAUGGAUAAAGGGACAGACAAGGUGUCCACUGUCUAUGUGACUGUAGGAAAGCCUGUACGGGCAUCAAAAGCAGACUUGAACUCUGAGGGGCCGGUGCAGGCCAUGCUACGCAGGCUGGGCAGCAUCCAAAGACAGAGAGAGGAAGCAGCACAGCCCAAAAGUAAGGGGGCUGCCGUGUCAAAGCCCCCACGCAGGAAACUGGGGGCGCGGGCCAGCUUGUGGGAGCAGGCGGCUGUUUCAGGACAGCCAGAUGUUGUCCUGAGGAAGCCCAGCCGUAGAAAACACACCCCUCUUAGCUCUCCAUGUACAGUAGGGGCUACGGAUUCGCUGCAGGAGAACAGCGCCCCCAAGAGACCGCUGUCCUCUAUACUCAAGAGUGUCCCAGAAAGCACUACGCAGGUCUCAGGGGGGAACACGGACACAACAAUAGCCUCUGAAUCAGACACUAAGAGUGAGGCUAUCUAUGAGACAGUGGCUGUAUCAGACGAGGUGUCUACUUCAUCACAGGUUAUCACUAAUGAGACUCUGACAGCACAAGAUAAAGAGCCCAAUUAUGAAAAUGUUUAUAUAAAUCACUCAUGAGACUGAGUAGUUGAUAUGCUGAUAUGUUUAAAUUGAUUAAUGUUAGAAGUAUAUAUCUAUUUCUGUAUUACUGUAUGCCAUAUGAAACAAACUCCCACACUUUUCCCCUACUUGCAGUACUUCCUAGAGUGCUGUUUUCCCCCCUCUGUAUGUAUUUUAAACUUUUGUUAUCUCUCUUUAUAAAUCUUCCAAAAUGAGCUCUCAGAGCAGUUGUUGGAGUGCUUUUAUAUGCAUCUCUAAUUUAUUUGGUAAUAAAGAGGGAUUACACAAUUAGAGUUCUCAAUUUUGAAGUAAUGGUUAGACAGAGCUGAUUAAAAGAUGACCUUGCGGAGUAUAUGUUUAGUGUCUGAAUUUCAGGCACUGUUUAUGUGAGGUGGAAACAAUACACAAGGGAUGUUUGAAGAAAACUUUUAUCAGAUAAAACAGUUGUGUUUUGGGUGAGCUCUUCCUCUACAAGGGAAAGGUGCUGUGUUAGUUUAAUCUCAUUGCUCAGCUUUCAAUGCUUUACAAUGGAACAAAUUAACCUAUGAAUUAUCAGAUGAUAAUCCACAAGGUUUGAUAUGUAAUAUUAGCUUUUAAAACAGUAUUUUAGAAUGACUGACUUUUCAAAACUGAUUUU